UCCGUACAGGAGAAAGAAAGACACACGACGGUUAGUCGCCAUUUUAAGAAGCUCGAGCUGCCGUUACAGUCGUAGGAAGCGGUUGUUACGCAGCACAUUUAUAACGUUUUUAGUCUUUGCUGAUUUAAGGAUCAAUGUCUCGAUUUAACCAUAAUCGCGGUGGCUUUGGGAUGAAUAACUUCCAGCCACGCAGAGGCGGGGUCGGCGGUCCGAUGCGGGGUGGACUAAUGGGAAACCCAAAUUUUAGGAGCCAUCCUUUCCAGAAUCAGAACCAAAAUCGGAGAGGGGGAAAUAAUAACUUCAACAGAGGACCCAAUCAGGGACCGCAUGGGACUCCCCAGAAGCCACAACAGAACCAGUCUCUGCCCAUCAUUCCUCCGCCGAGUCCCGGCCCGGCUCUCACAAUGAAAGGCCCGAUGCAGCAACAGCAACAGCAACCACAGCAGCAGCAGCAGCAGCAGCAGCAGAAACCAGCACCGCAAAACCAGGAUCAGCAGCAACCGAAACAGACAACCCCAUCACCACAACCGAAGAUUCAGUCGCCUCCUCCUAAACCAAACGUCAGCUCUCCUCAACCUAACCUGGCAAACAAGAACCAGAACCAAAAUCAGAACCAGCAGCUGAAGUCGCCGGUGGGAAAUACAAACGGACAGCAGCAGAAGCAGCCUCCUAUCCCCAGCCCGAAGCCAGCGCCCCAGCAGGGCCAGAGAAGCGGCCCUCCACAGGGCCAGAGAACCCCCCAGCAAGGCCAGAAGUCGGGCCCUCAGCAAGGCCAGAAGUCAGGCCCUCAUCAUGGCCAGAAGACAGGCCCUCAACAAGGCCAGAGGACAGGACCAUCGCCGAUGAGGCCCAAACACGACCGGCAGGAGUCGGAGAAAAUGGCAACAGACAGCGCGCCAGGCCAUUCAGUCGGGAGCCAGCUUAAGGAGUUCACACUGUCCAUGCUGCUGAAACCCGGUGAGAAGACGUACACACAGCGGUGUCGUCUGUUCAUUGGUAACCUGCCCAACGACAUCACAGAGGAAGAUUUCAAAAAGCUGUUUGCCAAAUAUGGGGAGCCCAGCGAGGUCUUCAUCAACAAAGGCAAAGGCUUUGGUUUCAUCAGAUUGGAGUCCCGUGCACUUGCAGAGAUAGCAAAAGCAGAGUUGGAUGACACACCAAUGAAAGGGAGGCCCCUGCGCGUCCGAUUUGCCACACACUCUGCGGCCCUGUCUGUAAAGAAUCUGUCUCCGUUUGUGUCCAAUGAGCUCCUGGAAGAAGCUUUCUCACAGUUUGGAAUGGUUGAGAGGGCUAUUGUCAUCGUAGAUGAUCGUGGGCGCUCUACAGGCAAGGGCAUUGUUGAGUUUGCCUCCAAACCUGCUGCCAGAAAGGCCUUGGAUCGGUGCACCGAGGGUGUUUUCCUUCUGACCACGUCACCCCGUCCUGUUCUUGUUGAGCCUUUGGAGCAGUUUGAUGAUGAAGACGGUCUUCCAGAGAAACUGGCACAGAAGAACCCCAGAUAUCAAGCAGAGCGAGAGGAACCUCCCCGUUUUGCUCGUCCAGGCACAUUUGAAUUCGAGUACUCCAAGCGUUGGAAGUCCCUGGAUGAAAUGGAGAAGCAGCAGAGGCAGCAGGUGGAGAAGAACAUGCUUGAGGCCCGCGAGAAGCUGGAGAGCGAAAUGGAGGAUGCCUACCAUGAGCACCAGGCCAACCUGCUCCGACAAGAUCUGCUGAGGCGACAGGAGGAACUGAGGCGCAUGGAGGAGAUGCACAGUCAGGAAAUGCAAAAGAGGAAGGAGAUGCAGCUGAGACAAGAAGAAGAGCGUCGCCGGCGGGAGGAAGAGAUGCUUCGCAAGAGGGAGAUGGAAGAACAGAUGCGCCGCCAGCGUGAGGAGAACUACAGGAUGGGCAACUUCAUGGAUAGGGACAGAGAGAUGAGAAUGAAUCCCAAUGGAGGCAUGGGCAUGGGCGAUAUGCCCUUUGGAUCAGCAAAUUCUAAGUUCCCAAUGGGUGGACUGAACUUUGAGGGUCAGCAGGGAAUGGGAGCUGCAGGAGGCUUGAUGGGCAACGAAAUGCGCAAUGAGCGCUUCUCCCAGGGUGGUCCCAGGGGAAUGGGUCCUGGUAAUGCUGGGUUCGGCAGGGUCCGUGAGGAGUUUGACGGUCCUUCUAAGAAACCUCGUUUUUAGACGCUGGUCUUUGAUGCUCCCAGCAGCACCAUUUGUAUAGAUUCUUCAAAACAAACGUGCAUUUCUUGUAUUUAAGUUUAAGUUGUUGCUACAUUUUAGCCUGACAAUUUACUCCUUUUUAUGAAAGUCUAUUUCCAUUUUUAUUUUGUAUUGUCAGUAGUAUUGAAAGAUGGAUCACCUUUGUGUGGUCUGAUAGCUCUUUCUGACCAUGUAUAAUUUUCUUUUCUAGAUGUAUUAUGCUCUGUGAGUCGCAGUGAAGUGAUAAUUGUAACCCUUUUCUCAAAUUUCUAUGGCUGUGUUUUGUGCCAUACAUUUGGAGUCAAAGCAUGUAUUACAAUAAAGAGACACUGGUUCUAUCAGGACAAACCGUAAACAUUUAUUCCUAAAAUCUGAAACCUACGGUGCAUUAAGAAAGCAGCCAAAUCCCAACAAUUGGUUGUUUGCACUAAUUAGAUAAUGUGGAAAAAUUAGCCACAUUAGGACUUAAAGGGUCUAUGUGUUAUCUUUGCUGCAGCCUGACCUUUUGUUGAGCAAAUACAUGUGGCCCUGUCAGAAGCAAGCAUUGCUAAAAAAUGCCCCAAGUCUUUGACACUUCAUUUUCUGAAAAUUCAGAAUGGCAUUUUUAGCUUAGUCAACUGUAAUUUAUCAAAGACGUAGUUAGGUGGGGAUAUGGUUAGGACAGAAUGGCAGGAAACUGUUCAUCUACAAAAGCUAUGAAGUAGUCGACAUCCAGCACUUGAAAUUUUACAAAUCAGAAGAUUUGUAUCAGAUGUUUCAUUCAGUGGGAACUGUUAUCCUUCAGGAAAGCAGAAAUAUAACACAUAGAACCUUUAAGAAACCCUGUGUAGCAGUAUGUUGGGUUGUGGGUAGCCCUAUGAACACAUUCUGUCUUUCACAGACUUAGUCUGUUGCUGACACUCAGUCUACUUUGGAUGCAGUUCUCAUGUUCAUGUUUUAGGCUGGGGUUAUUGACAACGUUUACAUGCAGUCCAGAAUAUAUUUUGAAUUGAUACCAAUGAUCACUGCACUUGCCCUUUUACUGCAGCAGUUCUGGUCGAUGCACAGAUAAGAAGCUGGCUGUGUUUUGAAAAUGUGAUGACAUUUCAUCCAAAUGUGUAAACAUCAACCCCAUUACUAGAAGUAGACAACCAAAAUUUCUGAAGUUGCGUGUUAUAAAUACAACCUGAGUCAUCACAACUAUAACUUGUGUAACUAGACGUUAUUAAGAUCUCAGCCUGUGCUGUGCUUGUAUCAAUGAGAUGGUCUAUUGCAAAAGCUUGUCAGUUGAUCGAAGUUCAGUCAUGACGCAAAAAACCAAAAGAAAUGUGAAUUAGACACGUUUCCAUUAAGUAGUUUGGAGGCUAUGAACAGCGUAAUUUAAUUUGAAUCUUGUUGUAUAGGCUACAUUAUGCUCGGUGGUUAAAAAAAUAAAUAAAUAAAUAAAUAUGUAUAGAAUUAGAGGCUGCAAGCUAAAACCAGUUGUUGGCCUGUUGCAAAUAAACUCCCAAGAAGAUGAAGAAACAAUGUGUUUAGACUAUAAACUACAUUAAUUGGGUUCCUGUCAGUUAAACAGGUCAUCUUUUUCAAACCUGCAUGUAACCAUAGUAAAAUUCAGAAUAGGACCUAUUUGGGGCUAUAUCAGAGGAUGUUUAAAGAACAAAAAUAAAAGUCUUGACUGUAUUAAUCAAAAUUAAGUAAUAAUUUGAGUCCUAAGUUCAUACUAUUUGUUGGCACAGUUAAAUCUGCCUUUGCAUGAUUGGAAAGUGGCUCAGUUGGACUUAACAUUACAAUAAUGUGCAUUGAGGUCAGUUUUGAAGGGAUGAUGACCACAGGAAUCUCAAGCAUACAUAUAGUAUAUAUUAGACUUUGUCUGUGGAUGAAAACUUGAGCAUUUACUUUCAGGAAGCAGUAAAUGUCAGUUACCUAUUAUUUCCAUUAUUAUAUUUACAAUUUUUCUGGCUGUUAAUCCCAAAUAUUUAUUUUUUUUAUUUUUUUAUGGAGCUAAAUGACAUCGUUGGGUUGGUGAGCAUAGCCAACGUUGCAUAUAGAGAAUACAUAUACAUCCUAAAUGUGCACAGCUUAUACUCCACUGGCCAACAAUUCAAUGUGUGGGACCUGUAAGAAGACAAGAAUUCCAGACUUUCAUUUCUCUACCCUGCCUUUCAGUUUCAAGAUUGAUAUGGCUCAUUACUACAGUGGACGUGUCUGCUGCACCCUUUGAACUGUUUGUUAUUGACAGGACAAUCUGAUAUUUCACUGCCUCCAGCUUGUGAAUUCUCCUUUUACAUCUAGUUAUACUACAGGAGGAAGAUGAGCUGCUCCUUAAAGCCUUAUUUAAUACACAUAUUACGUGGCUGGUUUAUACUAUCAGCAUACUUAUACUAUCUACAGAGCUUGCUGGGACAACAAUAACAACAGUUGGCUACUGUGUGUAACAAGCUAUACUGUGUAAAAUUCAUGUGGAGACCACAGUGCUUUUAUUUUCUGCAUUUAGGAAAUAACAUGUUUAAACUGUACUUGAUGUCAUCAUUGGCAACGGUACAAAAGUAAGAGCUCCGCGUUUUAAAAGAACUUUUAAGAAUCUUUACCCUCAAAUGAAAGGGAUAAAAGUAUGAUUGUGUGGGCUACCUUUUUGUUGACAUCCGGAGGAUCAUGGAUUCCAACUUAACUUUAUGCCCACCUUUUUUACAUAAUAACCAUAAGAAAGGAACGUCUUGUUGCAAUUGAAUAUUUUCUCUGCUGCCUGCUCUGGCCUCUCCCCAUUUCUCAUGUCAGUACCUGUUUUGAGGUGUUAUCUUGUCAUUUAGCAUCAAGUGAACGUUGGCUUGCUUCAGCAAGCUUUUCUCAAUUGUGUGGUAGCAGGAGGUGGGGUAUAAACUGUAAAGUGUAAGUAUUCUUGCAUUAAUUACACCUUUUCAAGAAUAACUGUUUCAUUUGACUGUGUUUUUUUUAUUUUAUGUUUUUUAUUUUUGGAAAUGGCAAAUUUCCUGGGAGAUGGAGCAGGGCACUUUCUUAAUUUGUCCUGGCACUAGCCUUGAUACUCUCUUGAAACUCUGGAUUAUUGAAGUUGAAUUUACAUUAAGUUGAAAUAUGAACAAGAACAGGAAGUGACUUUCUUCCUUGCCUUUGGAGUCACCUUUAGUGCUCUUUUGUAAACACUAAGGGUCUGUCCAAUGGCUGACUUUGGACAACUAUUGGACCUAUAGCUGGGUGGCUACAUUGCAUCCUGUGGUAGUUAUUUUACUUUGCCAAAUAGGCAAAUACUGGCAAUAGAGGACGUAAGAGCCCAAGAUUCUUUUUAGCAGCCCAAGAAAAUCUUCCCUCUUCUUUUGGCGACCGGGAACCCUGCAAAACACACCUGAAAUGGCUGCAAACUGAGCUCUUCAGAUGCUUGGAUGGAUUUGGUAAUCUCAUUAGAGUAUCCCGGACUUUUCAUUUACAAUGUCACGUGUGUUUGUGUUAUGUACAUCUUUUCUUAACAGGUUUGACCAGCUUUAAAGAUAAUGGACUGUGGAGGAAUAUGUGGCUGCGUAGCUUAUACUAAGGGAUAUUUUAGAAACCUACACACUGGACCGACAUCGGGAUGAAAACAAGGAUUAGAUCGAGUGGGCCAAUGCCCUGUGGCAUAUCUGUUUAUCAAGCCAUUUCUAAGCCUGUAGAUGAAAGUAAAAGCAAAGAUUGUCCUCUAUGACAAGUUAUUAGAAAAGUUUCAAUUUGGCAUCAGGAAAUUGCAGCAAUCUUGCAUAGUGACCAUUUAUGCAAUAGAACCUCAACUGUAAUUAUGUUACUCUAUACACUUCAAUGGUAGGAGUAGAUGUUAAUGCAAAGAAUAUGGACUCCUCUGUAGUCCACACGCCAUGUUGGUUUUGUAAAAUCACGUGUAUAGUUCUACACUAAGGGUGGGAUACAACCAGUUUAAAAAUCUGGUUGUGGAUCGAUGCUGGUAUAUUUGUUUUUCAGGUCACAGCCUAAAUAGAAAUGCAACAUUAAACUAAAUUUGCUUAAAAUUAAACUUUCCCAAGGUCAGUCUGCAGUGGUAUACUAGCGAUUUGCGUACAAUUUUUUUUUAGUGCUUAUUUACAUGAGACUUUACUCUUACCAGGAUUUACAAUGAUUAAUCAAAACAAUGAAGUCCUUUGGAUUUAACCUGUUGAGUGCUCUCUUGUAAGUGGGACUGUUGACUGUCUAACAUAGAGGGCAUACAGAUAUUGAACUGACUUUGAGUAAUUAGCAACUGCCGAAGGAGAUUUUGUUGUAUAGUGAGUGAAAAAAAGACAAGAAAAGGGGGGAAAGUUAAUUGGCCCCCAAUACUUUUUUUUUAAUUACAAAUGUCAGCAUGAGUACAUGGAAGUUAAUGCUAAAAGAAAUGGUAACAUAUUGGACAACUAUGAAUCUUGUUAGGCUCAUUUAGAGCUUUGCUUGUAGUAAAACAGAAGACGAUAUCCUCCAAACAUCACCGGAACAUUCUGAAAAAUAGUGCUUAAAGAUCUUACUGACUUGGCCUAAGUGUUCAUUUUAAAACUUGUACUGUUAUGUCUGUGUGUUGGUGUUGUGUACAAUUUGUUUUUCUUUAACAGGUUUGACCAUCUUUAAAGGUGUUGGACUAUGAGAAGGAACUUUCCAAACCAAGAAAUUCAAAGUCUGUAGCUUCUGUUGGAGUGGUUAAGUUCAAAGCUAUCAUUCUUGAAGACCAAAUGGCACCGAUUUCUUGAUGAUUGCAGUUAUUUGUUAUCCUGUUAGGUAUCGGCGCUAUAGUUUGGAUUAUGGCUUGUAAAGCUGCAAGUACACAAGAUUAAACUGACUUUGCUAGCAACACUUUAACACCCUAUUACAAAACACUCUGACUUAGUCUGAUUUUAAUCAAACAUUGACAUGCAUAUUUACGGAAAGUUUGCAGACAACAUUUGCUGUUCAUGGCACCACACUCAUUUGACCAUCUACACAGUUACUGUAUUUGGAGCAGGAUUAGCACUUUUUAUUGGUAAAGCAGAUAUUUAAAUAAAAUCUUUAAAAGAGAUGUUAUUUGUAAGGACUAGUGUGUAUAUAUAUAUUGGCAGCUGAUAUGGCCAAAUGGAAGAUGUAGAGAUUUCCCAACCCUAGGACACAGCCUGGUUUAAAAAAAAAAAAAAAAAGUUUUGGACUUUAGUGAAUUUUCUUGUUCAUGACAGCUGUACAAGGGGUGAAUUCAUUCGUUCAUCUUGUGCGGGGGCUUUAAGUUAUACAUAAUUAAGGUCAUAGGCAGUUUGACUAACAGAUUGUUGUUUGCUAUCUGCACCCAGGCUUCAAUCAGCCUUCACAAACGCUACACUCUUUUGUCCAUUUUUGUAUUAGCCAGGAGUUCAGAUGGCGCUGGCCAGAUCCACCACGCUGAGCUUUACAGUGGCUCUGCAGAAACGUAUGGAACUCUUCACAAAGACUACAUCUAAAUAUUUUCACACUGGUGAUCUUGAAGAGGACUCCUAAGUUGUACUAUGCAGGGUUUUAUUGCUGUUUUUAAACACCAUUUAAAGUUGCACCCUCUUCCCCAGCUCAGCUAGCGAGACAGAGCUCUGGUGGUCGAGCGAGCUAAAGGGUGAAUGAAGAGAGGGUGCAUUGAUGGUGAGAACAAAGAAUGUAUUCCAGAACAGAAAACCAAUACACCUCCUCCUCCACACAACCCUUCAGAUUUUUUUGUGCGAAUACAGCUGAAGUGCGAGCUUCACCCUGUUUGCUGCACUGAUUUACUCUGUGUGUGUGUAGCUCAGCCCCUUCCUUGGUCAAUCACACACAGACCUGCAGUUUUUUUUUUACUAUAUCCAUGAUGAAGACAGCCAUGUAACUAUGUGUCAUAUAGAGACCAGACCUCACGCCCCUUUGUGCUGUCAUAUGAUUGGAGCUACACACCUGCUUUUUUCCUGGGCCGAAAGGUUGAGAAUGAAUGCAGACGGCAGAGUCACUGCAGAUGCACACACCAUGCACACUUCUAGUUGGUGGCAAGUGAAGAUUGAGAUGGAUUACUUUUGUAAAUACUGUAAUAAUCCUGCAUAGUAUAUCUUUUUUUUUUUUUUAAGUCCCCCAAAGCGGGCAUCAAUCUCACUUCAAACUUCACAGUAACUGUAUAUCAGCGGUUCAGAAGAGUCCAACACUUUAUGACAGCAUUCGUGACCUAAAAUUUUAAGUCAGCUGGGGCACCAAUUUUUGAAAAAUUAGAGUUUUGGGUCACAGACAUCCUCUGUGUCAACCCAUUUUUCACAUGACAUGACAUAUUUGAGAAAAAAUUGAAACCAAAGAUUUGACACAUGCAGUUACGACUCGAGAUUUGUGGCUUUCAACCCUAAUCUGCCAUCCCACCCACCCAUAUUUGUUCUCAUCGUGUGAAACUCCCCAAUCCUAAAAUCUGAUGACAGAACCUGCACUAGUUGACCUGACCAACUUCAUACACCAACCUACCCGAGGCAGGAAGUUCCAUGCACCUUGCGGUUGAAGAGAGGAUCGUGCGUGUGCCUGUUGCCUGUGUGGUUGUGUGUAUGCUUCAUGUCUUUGGAUAAAUGAGGUGUGUUAGCUGCAGUCAGCCAGCUUGUCAAAGACAGGCUGCCCCAGUCCACAGUAGAGGCUCUUCUCUGCAGUUGGGUUGCAUUGACGAUGAGUAGUUCUGCAGAAGUCAGUGGACAGUAAAGCCUGGACUUGUUUGCACUGCAGCCAGAGGUAUGCUUACACAGAUCAGCCGAACAAGUAAGGUAAGUGUUCCAUCCAUGUUUAUAAUACAAGAUGCACAGUUGUCCCAUAACUUGACUCUUCUCUCUGUUGUCUCUUUUCACCAUGUCACUGCUCACGGUGACCUUUUACAGGGCUUCUGGCAUCACACUUACAAAGAAUGGCAUCACAGUGCAGAUCUCUUUUCUUCAACCUUUUUAUGUGUGGAUGUUGCAAAGCAUUAUAGUCCGUGCAGUGUGUGUGUGGUUGUAGUACUUUGGCUUCUCUGUAUGCAUGAACGGGUCUGGAUUGUUGAGUCAGUAGUUCAACACUACCACGAACCACAGAUGUGUGGAACAAGGUGCUGAAAAUCUGACACAUUUGUCUUAUUUUGGUAACACUGCAAGUCAAGAGAGAGGGUGUAUUUUUAUUUUCUGGCAUGAAAGCAACAUUUAAAAUGAAACCAUUAGAAUGAUUAAAUAUUUAGCUGUACUCAAUUUUGCAGUUGAGUUCUUCAGUGAAAACACAAAGCCCAUCUCAUGGGAUGGCAUUGUCCAUUGUAUUGCUGUAAGAAAUGUUUUUGGGUAGUGUCUGUAUGUCAGAACUUUUACAUAUUUCACAGUUUAGGUUUGGUUUCUUUUUUUAAUUUAUUAGUUAAACUUCUAACUGCACAAGUGUGCCUGCAGUUCUGCCAUUUUUAAGGUUCAGUAGUUUAGUGUUGAACCAUGACAAAUUAUUAAAAUCAUUCAAAGUAUUUAGAUUUAAUCGUAGCACAUUUGUUUGUUUAGUUGUGUCACAACCUUGAUAACGGAUAGAACUGCUCCACCUGUCAUCACUACUCCUGACUCCAUCUGUCUGACUGUGAAAUGUCUCUAAAACUAUAAACUAAAAUGUUUGUGGUAGUGGGUUGGGACAUCUUGCAGUUUUGAAGUGAGCACGUCACAUACUGCUGGGGUUGCGCUGGGUGGGUUUGUAUAUAAAAUGAAAUUUCUAUGUCAGACAUUCUGUUCUUGAUCCAACACUCAAUGCAGGUUUCCCUUCUUUUUUUGCUCCAGCCUUUGUGUGUUUGUGACAGUGGGUUUUGAUGGUUUGUUUUUUUUUUCCGAUUCUUGAAAAAUGCAAAUGUGCAUUCAGACAACUUACGACUAAUAUCUGAGUACAUUUUAAGCAGUUCCGCUCCUCUUUCAGUACAUCCUCUCUUUGAAGUAAAGAUUUCUGAACUUCAGUAAUACUACAUUUGUCAGGGAAGAAAACAGUGUUCUGAAAACUUCAUAAAGAAAUUUUAAAUGGUGUAUUCACCCCACGCAGUCAACAGAAUUUUUUAUUUAAAUUUUUCUGGGAGCAAGCAAGCACAGAUGGGGUGUAUUUGUCUUUGUUUGGGUUUAGUUCAGUCUGAAUGAACAAAGUACUCACCAGAGACUCUGGUUAUCAUCCAUCCUUUGAAUUCUUUAUUCCUGCUCUUCUCUCUACACCGUAGUGGAGGUGAGCACCUCUGACUCACUCAGAAGUGCGAGUAAAGAUAACUGACAACAUAUUUAAACUCUGGACUCUGUACAAACCUUACUUUGGGUGUAAUGUGCACUCCAGGGGAGAUAUUUUAAAGACAGAUUUGAAAAAGUUAUGUAAAAAAAAAAACAACCAUACAAGAUAACAGAAACUUUGGUCUAAACACACUGACAUGAUAUACAAUGACAUCACAUCUUUGACACUAAUCCAAAUAAAUCUGGCUUUUAAACAGAAUGUUUUCUUCAGUAUCAAAGUAAUCCAGUGAUUGUUAUCUUCACACAAGUGGUUAGAUUGUGAACAGACACUACUAGUAGUUUAUCAGGCAUACUUUUUAAUGGAGCUGAUUUAGAGCAUGUAUGUUAACUCACAGAACACAUGGCAAUGUUAUGACACACUUAUGUACAUCCCCCAAAGCAUAAUGGCAAAUGCAGUUCUAAAACUAUUGGAUAUUCUGUUCAUAAAGCUAAAUGUGAGAGAACAGGCAACAAACGAGGAGAACGAAAUGGAGGAACCACAAUAAAAAUGCACCACUUUAUUUUUUCCAAACUGUGCUGUAAACUCACAAAUAUCACUUAAUAAACAUUCAGUUCAAAUGGAUUACAUCUUCACUUACAGACUCUGAAACCACUGAUCUAAAGGAUGGUGUUUGUUUUGAGGAGGAAAUGGUUUUUUUUAGAGGGCGUACAAUGUAAGACACGAAUACCAAACACAGCAAAAAUAUUAGUUUUUAGUUGCUGGUUAUUUCACAUCCAGCAGUCAGUUGUUUGUGUGGAGAACAAUGGAGAGACAUGUAAUCUUUCCCCAGUGCUGAUCUCUUGCUCUUCUUUCCUCUCUCAUCUCAGUUCCUCUUACUAUUUAUAUUUUGUCAACCUUCCUGUUAGACUUGCCCAGCCAGUAUUUUGGAAACCGGCCCGUUUUCUUGUACCAUAGGAGUUGUCUUGUAGCUGUAAAGGUGCUUCCUGGAGUUUAUGGUUCUCAACCUCGAUCAAGAGGAACCUGCACUGUGUUCAUCCGAUGUCAUGAAAUCAAGCCCUGGAGGCUGUCGAGAUGUGUCUGUCUGCACUGUGAUCCAUUUUCCAACCAAACCUUAACUCCUGAUUCAACAAAUCCUUCUCCAUGUCCUGUCCUGAGUGUGAUGCCAGAAUAACCCUUCAGGCCUCUAAUGGCCUCUUUUGAAAAGGGCUCUGCCCAAAGUCUGCAAGACGGACGCUGAAACUGACCUUGUUUUACUUUUGUAUAAGGUCAUGGUGCGUAGCUCAAAGCUCUGUUUGGGGUUUUUCAUUAACACCCCCGACGGGUCAGUACGAAGUCAGCUUCACAUGGCUCUAACAGAACCACCUUCCCUGAGGAUCCCAACAGAUCUGAAUGUUGUCGUCAUGAAUAUUUCUCGUCCUUUCUGCAGUUUGUAAACACGACUCUACUUCAGGGUGCUCAGAUGCUCUUUUUUUUUCCCCUUCUAAAACUCGACCAGUAUUUAACUAUCAUACAAUUUGUACCACAUACUUGUAUUUCUCACAUCUACAGAGUUUUUUUUUAAUUUUUUUACUUGUGAUGCAUGUUUACAUUAUAACACCAUUGCUCCACAGUAGCUUCCAACACAAACAUGAUCACAUAAAAUACACAGAGAUUCACACACUGUCAUUUUUUGUCUUUCUAUGGGUGGCAACCUCAAAAAUAGUAAUGAUUUUGUAACACAAGCAUAGAAGUGAUGGUAGGAGCCUGCUGACCAGUUCAAUACCAGGGUCUCAUUGUUUCUCUCUCGCCACAGGAGCCUCGACCGAUCGCAGGAGGCUGAGGAUCCACAACAGCAAACCAUGGUAAAAUGAAGACUGAUGUGUGAUUAAAUGCCAGAGCUGCAGGAGACCAAGCGACUGCACCGUGGUGACACCAGGAUGACUUCCAGAGCUGCAGGCGGUGAAGCAGAUGCAGAGCCAGGAGGCGUCCAGCAGAGGACGAGCAGCCGAGUCCAGAGGAGAUUUAUUUGUUUUUGCUCUGAAAGUUUUAAUAAUAAAUGAUGUAAACCUGA